AUAAGAAAGGAACUAACGCUAACUUCGGUUCCGUACUUGUUAAUUUGCUUUGUUGAUCACAAUCACAAUACUGUUUUGAUUCUUCACGUUUGCUUUUGUACGUGCAGUGUACUUACUUAAUUAUGGUCGAAAACGAAACUCCCCAACUGACAGCAGGAGAGGCUGAACUCUACGAUCGGCAAAUUAGGUUAUGGGGCUUAGAAUCUCAAAAACGGCUGAGGGCCGCCCGCAUUUUGCUAGUAGGUUUAAAUGGCUUAGGAGCAGAAGUAGCAAAAAAUAUUAUCUUGGCUGGCAUCAAAUCUAUUACCCUUAUGGACGAUAAAAACGUAUCCUUGGAAGAUUCAGCUUCUCAGUUUCUGUGUCCAACAGAGGAUAUAGGUCGAAAUAGGGCUGAAACUAGUUUGCACCGUGCUCAAGCUCUCAAUCCUAUGGUAGAAAUUAAUGUGGAUACAUCAAAGAUUGGAGAGAAACCUGAAGAAUUUUUUGAAUGCUUCGAUGUAGUUUGUGUUGUUGAACAGCCUCUUGACGUUUUAAUCAAAGUUAAUAAUAUAUGUAGAAAAUAUGAUAUAAAAUUUCUAUGUGGUGAUGUAUGGGGUAUGUUUGGAUAUACAUUCGGGGAUUUAAAGAAUCAUGAAUAUGCUGAAGACCUUAUAACUUACAAAACCGAAACAAGUGCUGUUGGUAAACCUAAGAAUAUUACUGUUACUACUACGAAAAAAGGUUAUUUGGCUUUUGUGCCCUUGAAAAGUGUUUUGACUAGAGAUUACAAGUCAGCAAGCUUUUUAAAGACGAUAAAACGGAAUGGCCCAUGCUAUUUGGCUAUGCAAGUCCUUCAUAAUUUUAGAUCUCAAUAUCAUAGGGAUCCAUCGCCAUCAAAUAAAGAAGAAGAUUUAAAAAAUCUGAAUACUUUGAGAAAGGAAUUAUUGUCAGAAACUGGAGUUGAUGAAAGUUUAUUCGGAGAAGAUUUUUUCAACCAUGUGAUAUCAUUAAUCAGUCCUGCAUGUGCAAUUAUAGGAGGUAUCUUGGGUCAUGAAAUUAUUAAGGCUGUAUCUCAGCGAGAGAAGCCACAUGACAAUUUAUUUUUCUUCAAUCCUCUAAAUUGUGCAGGAUAUGUCGAUUGUGUACGUUAAAAUAAUACAAUGUAAUAAUAAUAACAUCAAUAAUAAUUAUAAUAUUGAUUUGUACUAAUUCGUACACAUUUUAAUUUUUAUUUUUAUUCAGUUACUAAAUUGUUUUUUCUUCAACUCAACAAACAUAAUUACUUAAUUUUUGUUCUUAACAUUAAAUGAGGCUUUAGUGUAACAUUUGUACUCUUAUAUGCACUAAUAAAUAU